AUGACGGCAGAAAUGCAAUCAUUUUACACUCCUUCGACCUCUACCCAUAUCUCCUCUCAUGCCCCGGCCGCGGUCGAUGAACUGAUCUCCAAAUACUCGUCUACCAUGUCGACCUCGACAGGCAAUUCUUCCCCCAGCCAUUCGAGAAGCCCCCGUCGGAAUGCGGUUCAGCGUUUCUUCGAUCGUGCUCGACUAGAAUACUACCGCUACGAAGUCACCUUUGGGCUCUAUGUCAUGACACCGGGCGAGAAAGUGGUAGCCAACUCGUUUGUCUUUGUCGUGCUAUCUCUUCUCCUUUGGGCCUUGCUGCUUUACUUUCCUUCUUUGCUCUACCAUAAACUCAGCCGCCUGGUGUGGCUGCUCACAGGUCACAGCAGCCAGGAAAUGGGCGCAGCGUUGGGCAUUCUCGAUACCCAUGUCAACCCUAUGUCUCCGGCAUUUGCAGCCGAACAUGCGUUGUCCUGA